AUGGCAGAGAAUGCAGAGCAGUUGGUAGAGAAAGCAAAGCAGCUAGAGGAGCGUAUGGAAUGGUUGAUACAGAGAUCCGAGGUCCCGGGACAUGUCUCUAUAAAGCUGCAUGUCUUUGAAAGAAUCCGCGAGUCCUUCGAGAGCCUAGUUGGGGGCGAGCGCAUCCGAUUAGAACGCCGCGAAGAGGAUGUAAAGCAUCGAGAAGAAGUUGUAAGGCAUCGCGAAGGGGAUAUAGAAAGUCGCGAAUCCUCCGUAGAAGGUAGAGAAGUAGCUGUUAGAGCAACCGUAGAAGUUCAGAAGGAACUAGAAAAUGCUCUCGCGACAAGAUCAGAGCAGCUAUUAGAGGGAGAGGCAAAGCUACGCGAGGAUCAAAGUUGCUUGGAGGAAAGCAAGGUAAAGCUGCAAGAGGAUCGAAGGAGCCUAGAGGAAAGAGAGGCAGCACUGAAGGCGGCUCAAGAAGCUCUUAGAAACGAGAGCAACGGCCUGGAACAGGGGUUGCAGCAGUUGAAGAGCGAAUGGGUUCGGGUCGAAAAGGCCAAGGUAAAUCUGGAGGAUGAGAUGAAAAAUCUCACGCUUACAACAGGCGAGACCCUCUCGGAGCUCAAAAGCUCCAAAGAUCAGCUGCAGCUUUCGUGGGAGCGGGAUCUACAAGACCACUCCGAUCGGGCAAACCAACUCUCCCGAGAGCUAGAGGCCGCCAAGCAGGACGUUCUCGCGUCGAAUAGCAGGGCAGACGAGGCAAAGAGAGCUCUCGAGUCGUCGUACCAAGAGAGCAAGUCCCUCUUAGAAAAAGCCCAGGCAGAUACGCAUAUAGAGAAGCAACGAGCCAGUAGAUUCGAGGAUUCCGUCCGGGAGCUCGCAGAGGCUAAGACUUUGGUAGAUGAAAAGCUUUCGGUCGCUACCGAGAAGAUAGCGGAGCUAGAAGCCAAGCAAGUAGAGCUAGCAGCUCAACAUGAGAAGCUAGCGUCCGAGAGCAAAUCUCUCUUAGAAGAGGCCGAGGAGGCCACGCGUAGAGAAAAGAAGCGGGCGGAUGAUUCCAGGAGAGCAUCUCUCGACGACAAAGCUUCCGCUCUUGCGGCUGUAGAAAAGGAAAGAGACAGCCUCAAAUCUCACGUUCGAGAGUUACAAGGUAGCGUAGAGACGACGAAUCAGGAAGCGAUAGCGCUCCGAACAGAGGUCCAGAGGCUAAAGGAUCAGGCGGAAGAGCUCGAGCAAGCAAAAAUUCAACUGAAGGUUCAGAUGGAUAAGAUGCUGGAGCAGGGUGAUAAGCCCGCCAAUCCUCGUAAGAGAGCCUUCGAGAAAGACUCGACGGAUAAGAACUCCCCCUGGCGUAAAGCCGUGAGAGAAUUAGUCGAUAUGCUGUACCUGUGCAAACCCGUAAUCGACGACUCUUGCACUCAAGAACAAGCUUUAGAGGCCGUCAGCAAGCUAUUCGCAAGCGAGAACUCGCGAGACAACCUGCUAGACUUCCUCCAGUCGUAUCCGUGCGAUAAGUGGUGCUGCAUCGACGAGGUAGCCGAGGAAGGGUUCGGCGCCUACCCAGCUACGGAUACAUGCCCUAGACACGAGGGAGGGCCUUGCUUCCAGAUUCGCAGCGGCGACGAGAGUGGACAAAGGCGCCCCACUACGUUCUUGUGCAGAAUGAAGUAG